UUUUUUUUUUUCUCCCUCUCAUUUAUUUUCGGGCGCGGGUCUCCUACGCGAAACCCUUCCUUCUCCUUCAUCAUCUUUUUUUGUCGUGUCGUUGCAAACAACACCCGGCAUUAAUCAUGGACAAGGAAAAGCUUGCCCAGCUGCUCCAGGGGAGUCAAGUCCCCAACACGGAGCAGGUGAAGGCCGUCACCGCCGAGCUCCAGAAGAACUUCUACUCGCAGCCGGAGUCGCUCCUGGCGCUCGUCGAGAUCUCCCUGACACACGGCGACCAAGGCGUCCGACAGCUCGCCUCGGUUCAGGCCCUGCGCCUCGUCCCCAAGUACUGGGAGAAGACCCCUGCGGACCAGCGCCAGCUCGCCCGAACACACCUGCUCGAUGGCGCCCUGAAGGAGUCGUCCGGCGCCGUCCGCCACUCGCUGGCUCGUCUGGUCGCUGGUAUCGUCAGCUCCGACAUGGAGCAGGGCGAGGGCGAGGACUUCCUCAAGCAGCUGCUGCCCCUCAACAACAGCGACAAUGUUGUUGCCCGCGAGGUCGGCUCCUUCCUGCUGUACGCCAUGCUCGAGGAGGAUCCCACUCACUUCAGCGACCACACCCACCAGCUCCUCGAGCUGUUCCAGGCUCGCAUUGAGGAUCCCCAGAGCAAGGAGGUCCGCAUCAACAUCGUUCGCGCUAUUGGUGCCAUCCUCAUGAUCGUCGAGCCCGAGGAGGACCCCCAGGCCCUCAAGGCCAUGCAGAGCUUCGUGCCCAGCCUGGUCAACAUCCUCAAGGCUACCGUCGAGGCGGAGGAUGAGGAGAGCUACAAGAUCGUCUUCGAGGUCUUCCACUCCUUCAUCGCCUACGACUCUUCCCUCCUCGCCCUCCACCUGCGCGACCUCCUCCAGUUCAUGAUUGAUCUGGCCGCCAACACCAACGCCGAGGAUGAUGCCCGAACCCAGGCCCUCGCCUUCCUCAUCCAGUGCGUCCGCUACCGCCGCAUGAAGAUCCAGGCCAUGAAGGAUAUGGCUGCCCAGCUCAUGGUCAAGGCCAUGCAGAUCGUCACCGAGCUUGACUCUGAGGACGAGGAGGAUAUGUCUCCCGCCCGCACUGCCAUCAGCCUCAUUGACACUCUUGCCAACGAGCUUCCCCCCCGCCAAGUCAUCAUCCCUCUUCUCGAGCAGUUCCCCAGCUUUGCUGCCCACCAGAACCCCCAGUUCCGUAUGGCCGCCAUGCUUGCUCUUGGUAACGCCGCCGAGGGUGCUCCCGACUUCAUCUCCACCCAGCUCCAGCCCAUCCUUCCCACCAUCAUCAACCUGCUCUGCGACAGCGAGACUCAGGUCCGACACGCUUCCCUUGUCGGUCUGAUCCACCUUGCCGAGGAGAUGGCUGAUGAGAUGGCCUCUCACCACGAGGAGAUCAUCUCUGCUGUCCUCAAGAACCUCGAGGCUGCCUCCACUGCCGGCUCCGACAAGAAGAACGUCAGCAUCAUCCGCUGUGCUUGUGGUGCCCUCGACACUUUCGGUGAUGGCAUCGACACCAAGAUCAUGGCCCAGUACGGCCCUAGCCUGAUUGGCCCCAUGGUCCGCCUCCUUGAACACGAGGACUUUGGUGUCAAGGCUGCUGCCGCUUCUGCCAUUGGUGCCAUUGCCUCCUCUAUGGAGAAGAGCUUCGAGCCUUACUUCAAGGACGUCAUGACCUCUCUUGGCAAGUUCGUCAGCCUCAAGGAGAAUGACGAGGCCAUGGACCUCCGAAGCUCCACCUGCGACAGUCUUGGCCGCAUCGCCACCGCUGUUGGCCCUGAGGCUUUCCAGCCCUACGUCAUGGACCUCAUGGCCGCCAGCGAGGAGGCUCUCCACCUGGACAACCCCCGUCUCAAGGAGACCAGCUUCAUCCUGUGGUCCAACCUGUCUAAGGUCUACCACGAGCAGUUCGAUCACUUCCUUUCUGGAGUCUUCAAGGGUCUCUUUGAUUCCCUUGAGCUCGAGGAGGAGGAGAUUGAAAUCCCUGGUAUUGAUGCCAGCCAGCUCGGCGAUGGCGCCAUUGUUGUCGGUGGAAAGCGUGUCACUGUCAAGGUCCCUGACAAUGAUACCGACCUGGCCAUUGCCACUGGUGGUGAUGAUGAGUGGGAUGACAUGGAGGACAUUGACGAUCUCGAUGACCUCGGUGCCGUUACUGCUGUCGCUCUCGAGCAGGAGAUUGCUCUCGAUGUCCUCGGUGAUGUCAUCUCCAACUCGUGCAACAGCGCCAACCUGGAGACCUACGUCGAGCAGACCAUCGCCAAGGUUUCUCCCUUUGCGGAGCACACCUACGAGGGCUGCCGAAAGACUGCCAUCUCCACUCUCUGGCGCACCUACGCCCGUGUCUUCCAGGUCUGGGAGGAGGGCGCUGGCGUCAAGUGGGAGCCUGGCAUGCCUCCCAAGCACACUCCCCCUGCCUCUCUCAUCACUAUGGGUCAGGCUCUCCAGGCUGCUACAAUGGGCAUCUGGGCCGAUGACAGCGAACGCUCCGUCAUCACUGACAUCAACCGCAACGUCGCUGCCACCCUUAAGGCCUGUGGUCCCGCUGUUCUGGUUGCCAAGGACGGUAUGCUGCAAGAGGUUGUGUCGGUCGUGAGUCUUAUCAUUACCCGAUCGCACCCCUGUCAGCAGGACCUUGGAGAUGAGGAGGAGGAGCAAGAGGUCGAUGCUGGGUCGUCCGAGUACGACUGGCUCGUCAUCGACACCGCUCUCGACGUUGUCGUUGGCCUUGCCGCCGCUCUCGGCACCGCUUUCGGCGAGCUCUGGAAGAUCUUCGAGAAGCCCAUCCUUAGACUGGCCAGCUCUACCGAGGACCUCCACCGCUCCACUGCCGUCGGCACCAUUGCCGAGAUCACCAAGUACACCGGCGAGGCUGUCACUCCCUUCACCGAGUCACUUGGCCAGGCUCUUGUUCGCCGUCUUGGCGACCCCGACCCUCUCGCUAAGUCCAACGCUGCCUACGCCAUUGGUCUUGUCGUCCUGAACUCAGCCGACACGGCCAAGACCUUCCCCAUGUACCCUGUGCUCUGGGAGAAGCUCGAGCCUCUCCUGACUGUCAACGAGAUGCGCAUGACCGACAACGUUGCCGGAUCUCUGUGCCGCAUGAUGACCAAGAACCCCGACAACGGCUUCGUUGCCCAGGCCCUGCCUGCUGUUGUCAACGUCCUGCCUCUGUCCGAGGACUUUGAGGAGAAUGCACCCAUCUACCAGUGCAUCUACAAGCUCUACGAGAUCUCCAACCCUACCGUUGAGCAGCUGACUCCCCAGCUGAUGAGCGUUUUCGAAAAGGUCCUCAGCCCCCCUGAGGAGCAGCUCGAGCAAGAUACCCGCGAGAUCCUGCAGCGCACGGUGCAGGUCUUGUACAAGGCCAAGCCUGAACUCCUGGCCAACAACCCCGGCCUGCUGAAGCUGGCUGGCGUCCAGUAAAAGACGGGCGCGGUGAUGAGAAUUAAAAAGGAUAUACGACGCGCGUCGACCGUGAUGAAGACGGAACGCGAGGCCAUGAAUGAUGACGAAGAUGUUUACGCACACAUGACGGGUGCAUGAUAGAGUAUAUAACGCUUGGGAGGUCUUGUUUAGAUACCAAAGACCUGAGACCGGGAGACCAAAGAGUCUGGGACGGUCUGGGACGGAACGGGACUGUUAGCGUUGUGGAAUUUUCUCACAUGAUGAGAGUACUGGGAACGAAUGGAAUAGACUUAUUGGAGUACCAUUCAAACAUAUUUGUCAC